UCUCGAAGCACAUGUAAAAUUCAAUCUUACCAUUCUGAUCAACGAGAGAAAAGAAAGAACCACGCACUGCGCAUGUGCAAUCUACACCCCAAGAAUCCUAAGAAAUCCCCCGAGAUCAAUAAUUUUCCCUUGCGAUCCAGAGUAGUCCCUUUGUAUCACCUGAUAAUAAUAAUGAAAAGUUGAAAAGUGAAAACAGUAUUUAUGUAAUAGUUUACUUUCCCAAAAAGAUCGCAGAUUUUCAAAGAAGACGGGCAUGUAAAAUGCCAGCUUUUAAAGUAAGAUUUAGUAUUUAAUAUAUUCAUUUACUCUGAAGAUGUCUUAAGUUAAAGACGAAACGUUAGUACUUCUCAAAUAAAUUUUAUGUCUAUAUUCUUGUCUAUAUGGCUCUUUUGCGUGCGUUAUGCUGGGCAUUAAUUUUUAUAUUUAGUAUUACGAUUCCCGCCUGGUUCAUCACUUGCAAAUAUACAGCUUGUGUUUGCAUUUAUAUAUAAACAGACUAUUUAUAUUUAUAUACAAACAGUAUUCAUUUAUAUAUUAAAUCCACUAUUCUUGACUUUCAAUCAAUCCCUUGAGAAUUAGAAGACAAUGGCACGGCGGCCAUGUUGGUGUCAAAUUCAAAAGAAGUGGUCCCUUUUCAACAAAGAAUCUCAUUAAACUUGGCCGUCGCCCACAUCAUUGCAAGUCAAGAAUUCAUCAAUGUAUGAGGUUGAGCUUCAUAUUGAGAAAUAUCAAUUAACCCUGCUAUAUGGCUUCAGCCUUAGCAGAUAACACAGACGAAGGCUUUGAUAAUUCUUGAUAUAAUUUGAAAACCAUUUAAUUGGGUGACUGCCACUAGGUCAUUCCACAGAACAUCCAUACCUCCACCGCCCAGCGGAGGAAAUUCCAAAAUUGGAAGUUACUGUAACCCCCCGCCCCUAGCCCCUAAUUCCCCUUCCCCUCCAGGCAGCAGAAAUUUCCUACUUGGGGUAGGGUGGAUCUUUUUGACUAGAACAACCCAUUCAAUAAUUAUUUUAUCCACCCAGGUAUGUUUUAGCCUGCUUGCAGCUCCGGACAUAUAUAAGCGUCUGUGAGCAGGCUACUGGUUACCAUGUUUAGACACUGUGAGUUGUUGUGUAUGAUUUGUAUUCUACUGAAAAUUCCUUUUUAUUUAGAAUAUGAUUUGUAUUCACAUUCACUGAAAAUUCGAGAUUACAUUCCACAAUUUUCUGUCUCUCUCUCUAAUUAUAGCAGACAACACAUAAUUUUUAGACAUGUAGCCAUACUGAAAGGCUCGCUUUAAAAAUUUCUCAACACGAUCCAGGUAUUUCCAUGUCUUCAUUACCUUGUUCCAUGUCUCUUUCAUCUCUUUCCCUUCAUAAGUCAUGUUCUCUCUUCAUUUCUAAAUCUUUCAUAACUUCUUCAUUGCCUUGCUCCAUGUCUUUCUUUCAUCUCUUUCACUUCUUAAGUCAUGUUCUCUCUUCAUUUCUUAAUCUUUCAUAUCUUCUUCAUUACCUCGCUCCCUGUCUUUCUUUGAUCUCUUUCACUUCAUAAGGACUUCAUGUUCUCUCUUCAUUUCUAAAUCUUUCAUAUCUUCUUCAUUACCUUGUUCCAUGUCUUUCUUUGAUCUCUUUCACUUCAUAAGUCAUGUUCUCUCUUCAUUUCUAAAUCUUUCAUAACUUCUUCAUUACCUUGUCUCCAUGUCUCUUUCAUCUCUUUCACUUCAUAAGUCAUGUUCUCUCUUCAUUUCUUAAUCUUUCAUAACUUCUUCAUUACCUCGCUCCAUGUCUUUCUUUCAUCUCUUUCACUUCAUAAGUCAUGUUCUCUCUUCAUUUCUAAAUCCUUCAUAUCUUCUUCAUUACCUCGCUCCAUGUCUUUCUUUCAUCUCUUUCACUUCAUAAGUCAUGUUCUCUCUUCAUUUCUAAAUCUUUCAUAACUUCUUCGCUCCAUGUCUUUCUUUGAUCUCUUUCACUUCAUAAUAUCAUGUUCUCUCUUAUGACUAUGUUUUGUCUUCAUUUCUAAAUUUUUCAUAUCUUCUUCAUUACCUGCCCCAUGUCUCAAACUGAUCAUUUGUGAUUAUGAACAGGAAGAAAAUUUACCACUGGACAUCAGAUCUGAUACAUAUCAUGACACAAUCACUGGAAUCUCGCAAGUUUUUCCUUUGUUGGUAUGUGAAGCAAUUCUGUUAAGUUUUGUCAAUGUAAUUUAGUUUCUUCAUGAGAUAUGUAUUAGCCCUUUAUGGCAAAACUAUUUCGUAACAAUUAGUCUGUAGAUUAUACAGGGUGUAUAAAAAAAGGUAAUUGAUCUUCAGCGCGCUAUUGCAUCUGAAUUACUCUGCGUAUGACCGAUUUUGUCAUAUUCGGAAAGAUCAGGCUUUUAGCUGUUGAAUGAUAUGUUCUUCAUGUCAAAUGGAUAACAAAUAAGCAAAUGCGAAUCCGAUAAAAAAUGUUAGUCAGAAUCGCAUAUUUUCACCGUUGAGAGUUGGGUCUAAAACCAUUGAAAAUUAACCCCCUUUAGGACUUAAUUAAGUUGAUGAAUUUCACGUCAAUAAACUACGCACAUAUUCAUAAUUAUUAUCAAGAAGGAAUACAUCUUAGCUAAGCUAUGACAAGUUCGUGAUUAAUUGCUUUUUAUUUUGUUAUGCACUGCUUUAAUUAGGCACAGGUGAAAAUAUGCGAUUCUGACUAACAUUGUUUAUCGGACUCGUACUUGCUUAUUUCUUCUCCACUUGGCAUGAAAAACAUGUCAUUCAAUAGCUAAAAGCCUGAUCUUUCCGGAUAUGAAAAACAUUUGUUCAUACGCCGAGUAAUUCACGUACUGUACAAUAGUACAAAACCAUGUAAAUGAAAUUUUGUUCCGGUACGCAACUUUUUGAAAAAUUAACAAAAUCCUACAUUUUUGCAUUGAUGAUGAUCCGAGCAUAUACGCAUCCAAAAUGUACAUAAACCCCCUUCACUUUUUCUGGUUGAGGGAGCGGGGGAGGGAGACGCCUCCUGAAUUUGUUACAAAACCUAAAUUUCCGGAGAAAAACACACACACCAUAAUGCUUAGGGCAAGUUCCAACAAAUUGUCUAUUUUACGUAAAGGUAAACUCAGAGAGCUAUGCGGCCUGUACCAAUGGUACUGCACAGGGCAGCAGAUUUGAGACUUUUUGAGUCAUACCAAACUCUCAUACAGUAUGUUCCAUUUUCGCAACUGUAAAGCAUUUAUAAAAUUACAAACUAGAUCAUAAAAUGUAGAUACUUGAGUUUUUAUUCCUAACCACCUCCGCAUGGUAACUGAUUUAAAACUAGUACAUUUUUGUAAACCUUUUUUCUGAAGGAUCCAAAAUGGAUUGAAAAUGAAGAGAUUGAGUUUAUCAGUUAUGUCCCAGUACCUGUGAAUGUGAAUAUUCUCAAACAAACGUGCAAUAAUGUAGAUGAAACAGAACUACAAGCCUGGGAAGAUCGAGCGAAUUUCAUCAACAACGAUCUGAAGUGGUUACUUUGUCAGUCACAUUCUCGAUUUUGGAAUCAUGUAUGCAUAGUUACAGAUCUCUACAGUAUUCUCUUGUAUUAUUCAACCUAUACAUCAACCUCUUUCCCAGGCUCUUUGCUCUUGUGAAGCAAAGACCCUGGUCGGGGCUGGUCACGUGACCCAUAGAAAAUUGAUAACCUAAGAGGGGGAUGGAUUUACAAAUUACAUGUUUCCACUUCCGCACCUCACACUUCGAUUGCAAGGAGUGACCGUUCUAUACAAUCAUCUUUGAGAAUCAUAUAUACUUCAAAAUACUUUCUAAAUUGGUUUCUGUUUGCUUUUAAAUUAUACAAACAUGCUAAACUGUAGAUUCUUAUAGCAACAAACAAGUCAGAAAAUCAAGCAACGAAAACGUAUGAUCGUAUAUGCUUGAAAAUAUUUGCCCUUUUAUUGUCUCGCGGGGUUAGGGCGCAGUUUCAUUUCACGCGUACGUUUCUGUAUCUGGCUCAGAUACGUAUAAUAUUCUUAUAAUGUGCCACUGAAUUGUUGUCAUAUGGAAACGGUAUAAAUUUUGUUAAAUAGAGGUCUCAAAAGCGACUGUGUAGGUCGUAGGCGUAGCGCCUUGUUGGCCCUACUGUCAGCAAACGUUACAUAUUUGGACACUAGCCAAAUAGACAUUGAAUAUCCAUUCUAUUGAUUCUAAAACGGUUUAUAGACAUAGUGCUCUAGAUUUUUUUAAAAAGGUUCUCAUCGUUUAUAUUCAACACAAAGUAGGAAGGAGUGUUAACGUACAUGUACAAAAUUGUUUGGGAUCAACAGUAAAGAAUUAUACGACAAUUCACAACUGUAUGCAUUUCCUUUUUUGUCUGCACGAGUACCUGUUUGUUGAAGCCAAAAUCACUAAAUCAGAUUGCACAGAAUCUCCGAUAUGAAUUAUAUAGCCAUUCACCCUCGCCCCUUGAAUGCAAAGGAAUGAUAGCCGAAAAGGUUUAGCAAAGUAUUUUUUAUUAUAUCUGGUAUAAAGUGUCCCUACGUUUUAUCAGGGAUAUAUAUACAUAAUUCAUAAACUGUAUAUAUGCGCACGAAGUCCAGCUCAUAGAAUUACUUAAUUAAUGAGUUUUAAUAAGCCUUUUAAAGUUUCCAUUGAUAGAUAGGUUGUUUGCCUCUAGUAUGGUUUGGUGAAACUGCUAAAAUGUCAUUUAUACAGUAUACGAUAAAGAUUAUUUAAAGUUGAUUUAAAUAUUGAUGACUCACAGCAGCAUUAUACAAGUCGAAAGAAGCUGUCGGGUUAUUCUUCAAAUAUAAAGCACUGAAUGGGCAAUGGGAAUGAAAGGUCUUUAUAAGGUUUAUAAUGUUUUUAAUGUUUAUAAGGUUUAUAAUGUUUUUAAUAAUUUAAAAUUACUGUAAUACAUAAAAUAUGAAAUAAUUUACUAUGAAGUACAAUACCAGUGUCUGGUGCAAUCUGGUGCAUAUAUCGUCCUAAAUAUUCAAGUUAUAUGUACCGCACGCACGGAAACGCACAGUGGAGUCUCGGUGUUCGUCUGAUGACAGAUAGCUAUACUUCGAGUCUUCGACAUAAUCAUUCUUGAUCGUUGAGUUUCAGCAAUGUAAAUGAAAGAAAUUUUACAGUCCAUAACGGGUUUUAAUCCUGUGCUUUCACAGUCAAGAUAGCACUAUUGUUUACACACACAGUUAGCGAUGUUUGGGAAAUCUUCCAUUAUAAAAUAAAUCCUUUGGCUUUGUUGAAUAUCGGAUAGGAUACACUUCAACCAUAAGCAACCAUAUCGUUCAUUUAGUAUCGUUUGAUCGAUCAGUCGGUAUAGAAUUGGGAAGACAUAUAUGUUUCUACGGCGAUGCGUGCUCAACUUCGCAAGCCAGGCGCGUGUGGAGUCCUUGGAAGUGAAAUAUGAUCCAGCUUCUUGCUUGAAAUGUACCGCAACACUUAUUAUUGAUGACAUUCAGUAUAGCAGGAAGUUGUGUCAUGAUGAAUACGAAUUUAAAACUGUUCCUUUCACGAUUUCUUGUUGCAAAUUACAUUUUUAUUACCCGAAACUAUAACACAUAAAAUUGAAAUUUUCCAAACGUAACAAACAGACUCCUCUACCACCCCUCCCUGAGAUCAAUUCAAUUUACCACGCAGAAACUGCGGGGUCACGUGACCAGCCCCGACCAGGGCUUUGCUUCACAAGAGCAAAGAGACUGGGAACGAGGUUGCCUAUACAUACUCUUGUAUUCAGUACAGCUUAGUGUAUAUAUAAAUUGAAUUUUCAUUGGUUUGCUUUUAGGUGAUCUUCAAUAAAUCCAUAAAUAUAUGUCUUGAUUCGUUCUUGAAAUCAUCACCAAGGUUUGUGAAACAUCGUCAAUAGGUUGGUUCCAGUAAGGGUAAUAUGGGAGCAGAGAGCGGCCAAAAUUCAGAGGUCGUCUGGAACAUGUACAUACAGGAGAAAGUAACCCUUAUUUCUCUUAGUCACUUGCCAUCGAUUACAAGACUACAACAUAUAACGAAAAUAAUUAUUGUAAAACAUCACUUUCUCACUUGAUAAUUGUUGGUUGAACACCAUUUACUGCACGACGGUGCAUGCUUAGUGAAACCUAACUAUAGUGUGCAAUCGUCGCCGUAUUUCGUACGUAAGAUCUUAGUUCUUUAAACUUUUUGCCUUAACUUUCAUGCAAUAUAUAGUAAGCUGUAAAUAGAAAAAUAAUUGUCACAGCUUUGUCACGCUGUUAUUCAGCUAUCAAUUAAAGUUUUUCGGAAAUUAUUUGAGGAGGGACGUUGUCCCCACCCCCAGUGUCCGCUACAGCCUCUACUCAUUAAUUUAAUCUUAUAUGAACGUUUUAUUUCCUGUAGGUCGUACGACGUAUGGAAAUUUCUUCCAGAUGAGAUCUUGAAUCUUCAAAAAGAAAUUCAUCGCAAUAUUUUCAUGGUCUACUUGAGAAUAGCAACUCAUAAAGAAUCAAAGGUUUCUAUAAGUUUUUUGUUGUGAGUGCUCACUACUUACAUCAAGGACAUCAAUCCAGAGGGGUGGGGCUGGUCCCACUCCUCACUUGUUGGAGCUCCAUUCCCCCACUUUUGGAAUGGUGGGUGCCCUUGGAAAACCUUCGAUGAGAUACUGGAUUGUUGAUCAGCUAGGAUUAAUUUUAGAAAUAUAUUAUCUUUAAUCGUUAAGAAUAACUUCAUGCACUGUACUAUAAUUCCGUACUAUACGGUAGGUACUUAUGUCACUGACAUAUUAGAUGACUAUCGUUUCAAAUGAAAUUGGACUUACAGUUGCUUAUUAUUAUUUUUUUAUUAUUAUUAUUAUUAUUAAAUUGAAACCACAUUACAGCCAGAAGCUGAAUUGCGUGGAUUACAUAUUAUCACAUGCACUACAUAUAAAUAUAUUAUUAAUACAAUAUUAUAAAAACC